GCGGGGCGACUAGACUGCUGAAGAGGUAGCUGCCGCUGUGGGAGAAACAUGGGUCAGGCGGCCAAGGUUUUACAGCUCUUUAAAACAUUGCACAGGACCAGACAACAAGUUUUUAAAAAUGAUACCAGAGCAUUAGAAGCAGCCAGAAUAAAAAUAAAUGAAGAAUUCAAAAGUAAUAAAAAUGAAACUUCUUCUAAGAAAAUAGAAGAGCUAAUAAAAAUAGGUUCCGAUGUGGAAUUGUUGCUCAGAACAUCUGUUAUACAAGGUAUUCACACAGACCACAAUACACUGAAAUUGGUUCCUAGGAAAGACCUUCUUUUAGAAAAUGUGCCAUAUUGUGAUACACCAACUCAGAAGCACUGAAUUUCUAGGAUAAAAUCAAGUCUUUAUAAUUUUUAAUUUUAAAAUAUAUAACUGCAACAUAAGUCCUAGAAAUGCAGAUAUUUUUCUCUGAAUUGGCAUGGUGAAAAUUAGUCAGAGUAUAGUUUUAUAAUUAAAUUUCCCAUUUAAAAGACAUUGCUGAAAACUUCAGGCCAUAGCUAAGUAUUUCUAAAGAACAUUAGAUAAGAAGAUAUUUCAUUUUCAUUGAAAAAAAAACUUUACCAAGUGAUAUAAAUGCUUAGGGAAAUAUAUCAUAUUUAUUUUUCUUUGACCUUGAUGAAUAUUUUGCUCUUAUUAUAACUAUUUGAGAAUGCUGUGUUUUGGCAAGUUGAUGGGUUUUCCUCCCAUGUGAAAUGAAACCAUUAGAUUAAAUUGGCAUUUAGUCCCAAACAUACUACAUUGGUCAAAAUAUCACAGUGUGUGGCCCUAGCCAGGUAGUUCAGUUGGUUACAGCAUUGUCUUGAUACUCUAAGGUUGCAGGUUUGAUGCCUGCACAAGGCACAUAUAAUAAUCAACCAGUGAAUGUAAAUAUAAGUGGAACAACAAAUUGAUGUUUCUCUCUCUCUCUCUCUCUCUCUCCUUUCCUUUCUCUCUGUAAAAUCAAUAAAAAGUUUUUUGACAAUCACAGUGUGUGCCAACUCUCACAGAAAGUGGCCCUUGUUUCCAGAAGCACUGAAAUGGUUUCUGUAGCUAACAAGUAAUACAGUUUCUUUUUACAGAUAGGGAAUAUCUCUGUGUUCCUAAAAAGACAAUUUUUAAUCAGUCUUCUGAAAAUAGAUGAUAAAAUAUCAAAAUCACCUAGUAUCACCUAUGUAGAAUAAAAAAUCCUAAUUUUUUAAAUAAAUAGUGGCCCUUAGUCAAACUAUAGCCUUCGUAGAAUUAGCAUUUAAUUAGACCACAGUGAAGCUUUAUUGUAAAAAUGUAAUAUAUGACUGCAUCCUCUUCAUUUUUAAUCAUUAAAACUUAAAUGGCUUUUCUUCUACAUUUCUCAUCCCUGAAGAGAUUGGCAGUAUUAUAAAAUAGUCUAGCAUUCUACCAUUUAAUGGUGGUAACUAUAAAUUGUAUUUAAUAUUAUUUUUGUUUCUCUUUUAUGAGUAUCUUUACCAUUUUGUUUUACUCAAUGAGCAGUGUGUUUUCUCCCAUUCACUGAUUGAUUCUCCCAUUCAAUGAUAACACAGGAUUUUACAAGAUUCUCAAUGCUUUGUUGGCAAAACAUAUUGGUAUAUCAACAUGGGAUAUAAAAUUUUAUAAUUAAGCCCUGGCCGGUGUGGCUCAGUUGGUUGGGUGUCAUCCUGUGCACCAGAAGGUUGCUGGUUUGAUUCCCAGUCAAGGGCACAUGCCCAGGUUGCAGGCUUGAUCCCGGUAGGUGUGUGUAGGAGGCAGCUGAUGGAUGUUGUGUUCUCAAAUUGAUGUUUCUCUCUCUCUCCCUCUCUCCCUCUCUCCCUCUAUUCCCACUCUCCCCCUUCCUCUCCCUCUGAAAAUCAUUAAACUAAAAAAAAAAAAUUAAUAAUUAAAAAUAAUUUUAGGAGAUCAGAACAUUAUCAAAAUUAUUUACAUGUAGAACACUUAAACCAGAGACUACCCUUAAUGCUUCCUAGUAUUUUUUAGGAAAUUAGUAGUCUAUGGAAUGGAUUAUACAUGUCAAAAGGUUUGCUACUUCCCACGUGUAUUAUUGUAUAUAUGGAAAUCAUACCUACAUAAAAAUUAAAUAUAUGUGUGUUCUGGAUACUAAUCCUGUGUUGGUUAUCUGUGAUGUAAAUGUCUUCUUCCAAUAUGUGACUCAUCUCUUAACUCUGUUUAUUAUAAACCUGAAGUAUAGGAGUAUAUUUUA